AUCAUGUGAUGAGUUACAGUCGAAAAAGCAAGAAGCAUUUCAUAGAUUUUUUUUAUGCGGUGGGCAACAUUAUAGGUUAUUUCUUGUGUAAAAAGAAAGAAUAACAAUAACUUUAAACAAUCCCCCAAAACGAAGCUAUGUAUAAAGUGAGGCAAUAACUUGUAAAACGCGCAUAAACCUAUCAAUAGCUCAAGCAAGUGGUUAAGAAAAAAUAAAUGAAAAUAUCGUGCCGUGUGUGUUUAGCGAUAAGUUUCUGCCGCAAAAGUGAAAAAGAAAGAGGGGGUAAAGAAAGAAAGAAGCAAGAAAUUCGAGAUGAGUGCAAAAAAUAUACAAAAUAUAUAAACGGUGUAUAGAAAUGUGAGAUAUAGAAUUAAUGUGUUGAUAUUAACGUUGAAAUGGAAUGAUUGAUAUUCCGUUGGAAGACUUGAAGAAGAAGUGUAAAAAUUUGAGAAUUGUUUUAAUUCCCCCUCUGGAAAAAAGUCGAAAAAAGAAUGUGUUCUGUUGCGUAUACGAUUGCUGUUUUACAUUUAUAAUUUAUGCUUAAAAAUAAACGUUUAUUCGCAUUUUUCUUUAUUACCACCUGCGCCUGCCAUCAAUUUACUACCAAAUUUUCAUUAUCAAAUUUCCAUCAUCAGAUUCAGUCACUGAAUAGAAUAACUACACGAUUAUGAAAACCAAUUGUCGACUGUAAUCACUCAGCAUCCCAACUGGAAACAAGUCAAAUUUCUUAGCUUCGGCGGGAAUUUAUCCUCAAGAAGAAGAAGAAAAAGAAAUAAAUCAUUUGUUUUUGGAUGUAACAAGGAUUCCAAUUAGAAUAAGGCCAAACAGCAAUAGAGUAACGGAGAGAGCGAGAGACAGACAGAGAGAGAGAGAGUGUGUUUUGUGUGUUUCUGCUUGAGUAAGGAGAUUAUGUACCAUGGCUCGCCAUAUAAUGGCCGUUUGUGUGGUCUGCCUCCUGUGUGCAGAUCACCUACCAUGUGAACAACAUGUUGAGACAUUAUUUCCUGGAAAAAUGUCUUCUUUUCCACCUCCUCCCAAUGGUGGUGAACACAUUCACAACCCUGCCGGCUGGGAGCAAACACCCAUGAAUGCCGUUGUAUAUAAAAAUAAGGAUAUAAUCGCCACAACGAGUUAUUCUGCCAAAACACAGUAUCAACCACAACAACAGAAUCCCACCACAGAUGAUAACGUAUCUAUCCGCACCUCACCCACAUAUAUGGCCAGCACAACGAAUACAAACGGUGGUGAUAAUAGCAAUCGCAUAAGAAAAAAACGUCAUGCCGAUCAUGGCAAGGUAUCCAGUGAUGUUCAAAUGCAGAGGCCCGAAAUCACAGAGACAUUUGUGCGCAGAAUAUUCAGUGAAUACGGCAGCGGUGGUGAUACAAUAAAUGUGGAAGAUUUCCAAAGGAUGUUGGAGAAAUUGGGCCUGCAUCAGUUGUUGCCGCAGAAAUUUCUACAAAAUCAUGAGGAUGAUAGUGAUAAUGAAACCUGCAUUAGAGACUCAAAGUUGAUAAGCUAUGUUAAACCUCACCCCUCUGCACAUGAACAUGAUCAUGAUGAUGCGGAACAUGAUGAUCAUAAUCAUCAUCACGACCACCACCACCAUCAUGAAGAACUAGAAAGUAGAAAUUGUUCGGAUACAUCUGAAGGUUGUGCACUGGCCCAUACACAUGUGGAACACCAUGGAGAUGAGGGCCAUCAUGGAUAUUUCAAUUAUACCCUUACACAUGAUGACAUUGUUCAUGUCUGUCCGGUUUUGUUAUAUCAGCUGACUUCCAAUAGUGAUGCCAACAACAAGGGAUGCAUAGAAAAUGAAGUAUUGUUGCAAAUCGAUGUGAGAUCGCAGCAUGUGGAUCGUCCCAAGGAGGAUAUUAUGUAUGUCUGGAUCUAUUCAUUUGCCGCCGUAUUUGCCUGCAGUAUUCUGGGCCUGGUUGGUGUGGCCAUAAUCCCCGUUAUGAACUCACGUUUCUACAAACACAUUAUACAGUUUCUGGUGGCAUUGGCUGUUGGCACCAUGACAGGUGAUGCUUUGCUGCAUUUGUUACCACAUUCUCUGGCUGGCCAAAGCGAAAGUAAUAUGAUCUUCAAAGGCCUUACCUGUAUGGGUGGUAUUGUCUUCUUUUACAUAACCGAACAUGGCUUGACCAUGGUUUCCGAAUGGCGUAAAAGCAUUGCCAAAAAAGAGACCAAUAAACCCACCCGGGCCAAGGUAAUGAGAGAUCCCGACUCAUCGCACAAUAAUUCGGUGGCCGGUGACAAGGUGUGCAAAUCGAAAUACAGUUCAUAUCCCUAUUGUUAUGAUGAAAUAGCAAUGGAUACCAAAAAUGAUGUUUGGCUACAUUUGCCCAACAAUAAAAAUGUGGAGAAUGUCCACAAUGCGGCGACACGUAAUGGCAAAUUGGAUUUGGAUGCCGGGGAAAAUGCCACACAAUCAUUGCUUUCAACAUCGCAAAAUAACUAUGCACCACUUACGGAUAGAAAUCAUCAGCAUCAUCAUCAUCAGGGACACAAUCAUUCUCAUCAGCACCAUCAUAAUGAUCUGCAGCAAUCAUCACAAGCGAAUAGCACCUCAUCGUGUCAAAGUCACACCAUACCCGACAGCAGUACAUUGGCCACCGAUUUAGAUGGCAAUGUGGUGGGUGAUACAGCUGGCGCCGGUAUUAACACUGGCGCCGCCAAUUCAAAUGGCAAAGAUAAUACGGUAACAGUUAUACUAAGAGAACAUGAAUCCUCACACCAUGGCCAUUCGCAUAAACAUGGUCAUGUCCAUUCACCACCGGAAUCGCUGAGUGCCGUUGUCUGGAUGAUCAUUAUGGGUGAUGGGUUACACAAUUUCACCGAUGGCAUGGCAAUAGGCGCUGCCUUUGCCGAAAAUCUUGCUGGUGGCUUCUCUACAGCAUUGGCUGUAUUUUGUCAUGAACUACCGCAUGAGCUGGGCGAUUUUGCUAUUUUGAUAAAGGCUGGUAUGUCGGUGAAAUCGGCUGUCUACUAUAAUCUCUUGACGGGAGUCUUAAGUUUCAUUGGCAUGAUUGUGGGUAUUAUUUUCGGCCAGUCACAUGAGACGGCCCAAUGGAUGUUUGCAGCAGCUGCUGGUCUAUUUAUUUAUAUAGCUAUGGUUGAUAUGAUGCCUGAAAUAUCAGCCGCCCACAAAUCUGUACAACAAUUUGCACUACAAAUCUUGGGCAUGUCAAGCGGUGUAUUACUUAUGCUUUUAAUAGCCAUUUACGAGGGCGACUUAAUGAAUAUCUUUUCAACGAACUAAUUAACACAUACAAGGGCAACUAAACAAAGAAUCUAAAGAUGAAAACAAAACAAAAACAACAACAACAAACGGCAACAACCUAUACAAUAACACUAACUUCAUGUACAUUAAUAUGGAUUCCUAAAACAAUAAGCAAAGCAAAGAAAGAAAGAAAGAAAUCUAAACCUAUAAUAGUUAAGUAUAAACCUAUUUAAAAACAAAAUAAACAACAAACUAUUUAUAUACUCUAAUGUCGAAUUCUAAUAACUUACAAUAUACAAAAGAUCGAAUGAAACCAUACACCCAUGCCACGCCUCCUACCAAGUAACGUAUCUAUUACCAAACUACAAACAGAAAACACAGCCAUUUUAUGUUUAAUUUUCUCGAAAAACUGGAAAAUUUACCCCUCUCCCCUCAACAAAUUAUACGAAAUACACAAAAAACAACAACGGAAAUCCCAUUGUUUUGAAAAAUCAAAACAAAAAAACCAACUCUUUUUAGUGAUAACAAAAAACAAAACACAACCAAUUAAGUGUAUUUAUACAAAGUAUAUUAAGCUCAAAUGUUAACUCAUACACCUCCUCUAUAUACAUAUAUAUAUACAUAUACUACCUUUCUUCCUUCCUUUCAUAUUUAAUUACCCACGAUUAUUUAUUACAUAAUUACACAAAACAGUUGUUUGGAGAAAACAUAUUGUAAUGGAUUUUUUUUUUCUUUUUGAAAAUGCAUGAAUUUAAAAUUGGAAUAUAUAUAUUUUUUAAACCAUUAUAAACAUGUUUUGCAUUGAGGCAGGAAUGCAAUAUAACCAAAUUUGGUUGUUUUGGCAAGAAAUUUAAGAUAUUUUGAAUAAUUGAAGAGAUCAUGAUUUGAAGAAGAGUCAUUAAGAGUAUCCCCAACUAAUACAAGAAGUUAACUUCUUUCCUUUUUGGCAAUGGAACGCUUGAGGAAGAAACUGCACCUUUUCCCGAUGCAAUUCAAAACAUUUUGAUUUUAAUUCUUGACAUUGGUUCAUAGAAACCAAACUGUAACCCUUUACAGCAGACCUUUAAAAUGUCAAGUAUUUAUAAAUAAAUAAUGAUUCUUUUUUUUGGAGGAUCUACAAAAUAUUGUCGGUUUAAAUACCUCUAGAAGCCUAAUCAUUUAUAUACCCCUAUAAUAUUUUUCCUAUAUAGAAAAAUAAAUAUGGAGUCCUGCCUAUAAAGGACAUCCACACACAUAUUUCAGAUGUAAUUCAAAACAUUUCUGUUGGAUUCUCCAAGAAAUUUUCAAAUUUAAAUGAGGUGUUUUUAAAUAUUUUUUUUGAUGAUAUGUUCCGGAAACAGUAAGAAUCUAAUCUUAACAGCAGACCUUUAAAAUGUCAAGUAUUUAUAAAUAAAUAAUGAUUCGUUUUUUUUUUGGAGGAUCUACAAAAAUAUUGUCGGUUUAAAUACCUCUAGAAGCCCAAUCAUUUAUAUACCUCUAUAAUAUUUUUUUCAUAUAUAGAAAAAUAAAUAUAGAGCUCUGUCUAUAAAGGACAUCCACACAUAUUCAAAACAUUUCAGUCCCAUUCUCUAACAAUUUAUCAAAUUUAAAUGAAGUGUUUUUUAAUAUUUUGAUGAUAUGUUUCAGAAUCUAAGAAUGUUACUAAGAUAACCGAUUUUUUCCUUUAUGAUACCGUUUGGAAUGCUCGAAACACAAUUAACAUGUUUCGAAUAACAAAUGCAAUUCUGAAAUUACAAAUGAAUGUUUUUGAACUACCAUCCAUUCAACUCAAGAAGACUUCAAAAUGGCAUUCUAUAAAAGCCCUCUUUAAGUUCUUCUAUUCAUAGAAUCGAUUCUCCUACCUAUCAUUCUGAAAUUACAAAUGAAUGUUUUUGAACUACCAUCCAAGGCAAGAAGACUUCAAAAUGGCAUUCUAUCAAAGCCCUCUUAAAGUUCAACUAUUCAUGGAAUCGAUUCUCCUACCUACCAUUCUGAAAUAACAAAUUAAUGUUUUUGAACUACCAUCCAUCCAACUCAAGAAGACUUCAAAAUGGCAUUCUAUCAAAGCCCUCUUUAAGUUCGUCUAUUCAUGGAAUCGACUCUCCUACCAAACUCCUACCUACCAUAGGUGUCUAGAAGAGCAGCGAUUAUUUUACUUUUAGAAAACCUCAACCCUAGGGUAUAUAUCAUUUGAUACGGCCAAAAUGUGCCUCAUCGAAAAAACUUUUUAGAAACACGGGGUCUCUUUGGACCAAAUCCGUUUCCAGACAUUUGCAGUCGAUCUAGCGAUUUCCAUCCGUCCAUCCGUUUGUUUGUCUGGCUGGGUGAUGCAACGAUAACUCUCGAAGGGAGUAUCCGAUUUGAUCCAAAUUUAGUACAUCGUGAUAUUAUUGUCAAACUUAGAUCGAGUUUGGAGAUGGGCAAUAUCGGUCCACUUCUUAGGGCACCUCCCCCACAAAAGCUCAAAAUUUUCAAAGGAAAUAAUUUUUUGCAUAGGAAGAGAAAGGAUAAUCCGAUUUUUUUCAAACUUUGCAUAUGCAAAUGACACACAUCACAAUCUAUUUACCCAAGGUCUGGUGUGAAGAUGGAAUAUAUCGGUCCACUCCUUGUGGUACCUCCCCACAAAGGGUCACAAUUUUGAGUAACCAUGAAGCUCAUAAAACGCGAAACUAACAUUCGAUUUCAUUCAGACUCAAUAUUUCCAUCAACACAAGGUCUGUUAGAAAGAUGGUGGAGAUCGGACAAUUCCUUCUGGUACCUCCCCCACAAAGGGGCAAAAUUUUGAAUUAUAAAAACGAACAUAAAAUCCGAAAUAAGCAUCCGAUUCUCUUCAAAUUGCACACAUCACUAUACUUUUUGUUAAGCCAAGGUCUGGUGUGAAGAUGGAAUAUAUCGGUCCAUUCCGUCUGGUACCUCACCCACAAAGGGUCCAAAUUUUGAAUAUUCAUGAAGCUCUGAAAACUCGAAAUUAGUCUCCGACUUCAUUCAGACUUGUCACAUCUCAAUAUUUCCAUCAAUACAAGGUCUGUUAGAAAGAUGGUGGAGAUCGGACAAUUCCUUCUGGUACCUCCCCCACAAAGGGGCAAAAUUUUGAAUUAUAAAAACGAACAUAAAAUCCGAAAUAAGCAUCCGAUUCUCUUCAAAUUGCACACAUCACUAUACUUUUUGUUAAGCCAAGGUCUGGUGUGAAGAUGGAAUAUAUCGGUCCACUCCUUCUAGUACCUCCCCCACAAAGGAUCAAAAUUUUGAAUAUUCAUGAAGCUCUGAAAACUCGAAAUUCAUUUCCGACUUCACUUAGACUUGGCACAUCUUAAUAUUUCCAUCAACACAAGAUCUGUUUUAAAGAUGGUGGAGAUCGGACCAUUCCUUCAGGUACCUCCCCCACAAAGGGGUCAACAUUUUAAAUAAACAAAACGAUUAUAAAAUUCGUAAUAAGCAUCCGAUUCUCUUCAAAUUGCACACACCGCAAUAUUGUUAUUAACUCAAGGUCUGGUGUGAAGAUGAAAUAUAUCGGUCCACUCCUUCUGGUACAUCCUCCACAAAGGGUCACAAUUUUGAAUAUUCACGAAGCUUAUAAAACACGAAAUAAAUCUCCGCCUUCAUUCAGACUUGUCACAUCCCAUUAUUUCAAUCAACACAAGAUCUGUUAUAAAGAUGGUAGAGAUCGGAUCACUCGUUCUGGUACCUCCCCCACAAAAGGGUCAAAACUCUGAAAACACGAAAUUAAGCUCAGCUGCUUGUAAAUAAUCCAAUGAUGAUAUUCCAAUCAAUGGCGACAUUUUUUUUCUACCUACAAACUGCAUCAAGCACGCCUAUUGAAGGAUAGACUAAUUCUGCACAAAUCCCAUAGAAGCUCGUUUAUCAAGAACGUACCUCAUGAAAAGCUUCUGAUUAUAUGGAGCUACAGUUCUUCCUGAUUGUAGGAGAGACCGCUGUUGGAAGACUUUUUUAACAAAUCGAUGGGGAUUUUAUGAAAACGUCGAAUUUGAAUGAAAUUCGAAACAAAUGUUGGCUUUGGCAUUACCUAAUGCCUCAGAAGGUCUAAACGUAUUUGCCCGAAGAAUUAUGCAUUUUACACCUUUAUCUUUGGGGAUAUUUGAAAUUCCUAUAUCUUCCCUUCCCCUACGUUUUGGACAUUUUAUAGUUUUAAUAACUAAAACUAAAAAAAAUUUCCGAAUUAAAUCUUAAAUGUUUUGAUUGAAUUAUAUUGCUGAUCCUUCAUUCGAUUUUCUUUCGAAUCUACACAACAAAUUCUAUAAAAAAGGUCCUCUAAUAGGUCUUCUAUGUAGAGAAACACUUCUUGAUAUCUUCUAAGAUAGAAAAGUUGCCAGAAACAAUGCUAGAGUCUCGAUACAUUUUUAAAUCGUUUAUCUGUAAUGAAGUAUUUCGAGGAGAAAACUUUUAAACGCCUGUUGUAAUGGCUUGAGGGUUUCUUGGGUGGAAUUUAAAAAGACCUUAAAGUAAAUAAGUCUCAAAUUUAUGAUUUCAUGGUGAUGUGUUGUAAAUAUUUGAACUUAUUUUUACCUCAAAAUAAUCUCCUGCCUCCAUUUUGCAAAUUAUUGAUCUGUUCCAGAACUGCAAGAAUGUAAAAGUUUUUACGACGAUAACCGAUUUUUCCUUUAUGCUAUCGAAAAAAAUUGGAAAAAAUAGUAGAUUCUUGCAAGUUCUAUAAUUUUAUAUAAAAAAUUCAAUACAAAACCCAUUUCAAUACAAUAUGUUUCCUUCAAACACUGAAGUAAAAGAAAAAUCUAAAAAUUUAAAACACUCAAUUUUCAUACUCACCGCAACACACUUAUUACCUUUUCCACAACAGCCAAUACACAUCUUUAACUUAUGCUCAUUUUUUCCCCACAUUUUAUUUAAAUUAUUUAUAAAAGGUAUUACAUCCGGCAGCACCUUGUCACCCAACCCACACUUAAUUUUAUUUUUAUAGCUUCAAUUUCAUUUUUCUUUAUUUAAUUCUACACCAAGGCAUUUAUGCACACUCAAAUACGUAUACUUAAUAAACAAAUGUGUUUUCAACAACAACAAAAAAAA